AUGUGUUGUGCGCAGGCAGAAAUUUCGGCAGCACGUGACCGCAUUGCAAAGCAAGAGGCGGCCAUCAAAGCAGCUGCUGCGGCAAAAGAGAAAGCCCAGACGCAGGCGCAGGUGACUGAGGAGGGGCGGCAGAGACGGAACUCCGUCCCCUUGCUGGACGAGUUGGAGGAGCGGUCUGGAGAGGAAGGGCCCAUCUUUUCGUUGCGGAAGAUGUCGGAGCUUAGGUGCUUGGUUCUGUCCGAAAACCCCAUCAGAAGUGCCGACGUCCUCGAGGCGGUGCAGCCGUUUGGACCCCGCGGCGCGGACCUCUUGUUGCACUGCACGGAGGCCGCCACGGCGCUGGGUCUGCGGCGGCCAGAGCCGGGGCAGCUGCUGGAGGCAGCUGUGAGAGACGAUGAAGGAAGGAGCCAGGGUACCCUCCUGCUGGAGGUGUUGACGCAUGAGGCCACUGAUCCCAAGGGCCAUUGGAUCACUGGGCGCUAUGUGGUGGCUUCUGAUGGUCACAUGCGCUGGUGGAUGAGCGAUGGUGAAGGCCGAGUCUUGGCCAAACGUGGCUCCUUCCACUUCUGCGAGGAGAACAGCCAGGACUGCCAAGAGACCCGAAAGAGUCGUGGCAAGUGCAUGCACCUGGAGAAGUUCAGGGAGAUCACGCAGAAGGAGGUCGAUGGCAAGGUACCGGGCUGGGCUUUCGAGGGGGCCCCCAAGAAGAUCUUUGCGGCCUACUUGAAGCAGGUGACUCUCCCAGAAGAACCGCCGGGAAAGAAGGAAGGGUUACCCUGGCAGAAGCCAGGUGAGGAGUCAGAUGCUGAAGAAGGCUCUGAGGAGAGUUCAGUUUCCGUGGCCAUGAAGGACCGCCUCAAGAGGGCUCGAGAUGAGCUCAAGCGGCUUGAAGACAGGGCGCAACAGAAGAAGCAGAAGAAGAAGCUCAAGAGAGGAAAAGGGACAGCACCUGCCAAGGCCAAGGCAGUGAAGAAGAGGGAUAGAGAACGCCGUGAGAGGGAAGAUUCACCUGCCCCAGGCAGAGAUAGGGAAAAGAAGAGAAGGAGGAAGAGGUCCCCUGGUGAUGAGGUUGACAGGGACCGUGGAAGGCGCAGGAGAAAAGACAAGGUGUCCUCAUCAGGUACGGGGGACUUAGACGCUGAGGAGUCUCCGGAUGAUCUCUUCGGGGAAGUGGUUCCCGAUCGUCCUGGUGGCUCUGAGCGCAAGGGCCGUGUGGAUCGAGGACCAUUUGGUGGUGGAGAUCUGGUGAAGUUUCGUGGGCGAUCUGACUCUGAGAGUGAGUCUUUUCAGGACGCCCCCGCCGGUCGAAAGGCAAGCAGCCAGCUCAAGCUGGCGAGCUACGCAAAGAAGAAGCCGGGCAGAUUGGCCUCCAGGAUGCUCCUGAAGAUGGUCAAAGAGUCUGCCCACGGAUCGGUGGGGGCGGUCGUGAACGAUCCAAACCCCACGCCACCGGCAGCCGUCCACUACCUGAUGACGGUGCUGACCCCACAACUGGGGAGUCGUCUCAAUCUGAGGACGCAACGGGAGCUGAAGACAAUUUGCACGGCAGUAGACAUGCUGGCACAGAAGCAGCCAGCGCAAGCGGCCGACGUGCUGGCCCAAAGGGUGAAAGCCCUUGUGAAGGCCGGGGAGGGCGGCCACUGGAACUCAGCGCAGUUCUUGGAGCUGCUGAGUCCGGAAGGAAGCAGCCUCCUGGAGAGGGCAGAGGAGGUUUACACCUCACGCGAGUACCUUCUGGACAUGAAGAUCAAGAAUUACGACAAGCCGAAGGGUCACCGGCCAGAAGGUCGAGGUCAGGGCGACAAAGGCGGAAAGAAAGGUCGCGAAAAAGGGAAAGGAAAAGGAAAAGACGGCGACAAGAAGGAGACGGCAGGAGCCUAG